UAUUCCCAGCUGCCAUUCGUGGGGUGGGCUUCUAGUACUGAUAAGAAAAUAGGUUUAAAUUUCGGACUAGUUGUAUGAGGUGAAUAUGAGACGGAGGAGAUGUGUUCGGGGCUCUUAUGUGCCAUGGUUUUGCGGUAAAGGAGGGUGACAAACUAUGCAGUGUAGAAGACUGUAUUCCGGGCACAGGCGUAUAUCUGCGGCACGGCUACAUAUACUCCUCACUAGCAGGCUACGUCCUCAGGAAAAACGAGGGAGAGGAGUUACCUGUGAUCUCAGUGGUGAGGGAAACAGAAACGCAGCUACUGCCAGAUGUAGGAGCAAUAGUCACCUGUAAGGUGACCAGCAUCAACCCCAGGUUCGCUAAGGUCCACAUCCUUUAUGUAGGCUCCACACCGCUGAAGGACCGCUUUAGAGGGACUAUCAGAAAAGAAGAUGUGCGCGCAACAGAGAAAGACAAGGUGGAGACAUAUAAAAGCUUCAGACCUGGUGACAUCGUCUUGGCCAAAGUGAUUUCUCUCGGUGACGUUCAGUCUAACUACCUGUUGACAACUGCAGAGAAUGAACUGGGAGUCGUGGUGGCCCACAGUGAAGCAGGUGCCCAGAUGGUUCCCAUCAGCUGGUGUGAGAUGCAGUGCCCACAGACGCACGCCAAAGAGUUCCGCAAAGUAGCGCGAGUGCAACCGGAGUAUCUACAGGCAUGAGAGCCAUGAAACUUCUUUCUUCCACAAGGAACACACAGCUUCCCCUCCCUCCUCCACUCACUGUCGUCAAGUAGCCUCUCAACUCUGUUUCGGAUGUUUUUGGAGAGACUGGACGACGUGCGAUUUGUUGGCUACUUCUGUUUUCAUGUCUUUCAUAGGUGUUUUUUAAAUAGCUUUCCAUAUGCACAUUGUGUUUUCAUUUGAUUGUGUCAGCUUGAAAACCCUGAAGCAGCGUCUGACCAAACUGUAAAACUGUCAGGACAUAUUUUAAACAUUGUAGCCACUGUUGUUAUUAAGACAUUUUUAACUAAUUCAAGGGUGGUACCUCGCAGCUGCCAAACCUUUAAGUGACCACUAUGUUGAGAAGCUAAAAGCAUCAGAAUUUUGCACCACUUUCCUAGACGCAAGAUUCACUCAGUUUUGUUCAUAAGUAUUAUGGCAAAAUUUCAAUUAACGGAUCACUUGAGGGAUGAAGCAUGCUGUCAGGUGAAUAAGUGUAAGACUGGGUUAAGACAAGCUUCAGAAUACAUCUCAUGUAAAGAUAAAAAUGAAAACACUGCAUUUUGUAACCAGAGAGAUCAUUGCAAAGGGCAGUGGCUGCAUUUGGUCUGAAAAAAGGAAGAUCUGACCAAAAAAGCUGCAGAGUGAGCACUGCACUUUGAAACUUUCGUUUCUCCGUGAUGUGUGGCUGACCUUUUUUUUUUUUUUUUUUUAAAAUACUUAGUUCAUAAAAAAGACACAAGCAAUAGUUUAAAGCCAUUUAAUCUCUGGAGGCUCAUUUUUCUUUACGCCUGUCCAACUUUUCUGGAGUCGAGUAAAUUGAGGGACAGAUGUUGUCCUCACAGCAGUUUUAAAAGGAAAAUAAACGUGAUCGAAAGAGCCUAAUGUUCAGACUUACAACACAGCUACCAUGCACGGAAUAUUGAAGUACAACAUAUGAUAGUCAAAUAUUUCUUUUGUUUUCCGGGACAUAAUCAAAACCAAACGAUUAUGGGCUUAUAACGAACAAGCAGAAAUGUUUCCACUCCGACUUUCUUUAUUCUCUCUUCAUUUUACAGCAGAUGUCAUGUGCAAGAUUGAAAUAAAGUGACUAUCAAACCCA